UCGAUGGCACUUUCUAUUUUCACCUCCCCCCAUUUUUCUUUGUUUUUGGGCGACCGACCCAUUUUUUUUGGGGGGGGGGGAUCAUUCUUCUUCCCAUUCUCUUUCCUCACCGACACCAUACCCACGACUCCCAUUCUUUCCAUUCAUCAUUGUCAUUCAUCACUGUCAUCAUUCCUCUCACCGUCAGCCACUAAUCUGACCACAUUCCACCCCGACGUCCUUCCCUCUCUUUCUCUCUCUCGUUUCCCCUUUCUUCAUUCAUUUGGUCAUUACGGCCUCCACCUACUAGAUCUUGCUGUCGAAGAUGCAAGCAUUGUCGACCUCCACCUUCCGAUGCUUCGAUUAUCACCGCCACCGCUUCUAUCGUGUAUUGUUGCAUUCCGUCUCCAAUCAUAGGGUUUCCAAUAUAUCAGUUCGAGAUGGUUUUUGGGCUUGACCUAAUUAUGAAUUGGUUUGGAUUCCAUGCUGUUGGGCUGCAGUGAUUGCUUGGGUUUCUGGGUUAGCUCUUUUGGUCCAUGUGUUUGUUACUUGGCUCUUGGUUCAUAAGCUCAAGGUUGCUUUUGUUGGGAUUGCAAUUACUUUUGGUUUCUUUUGGGAUGGUUGUUUCGUUUCGAGCAUCAAAGGUAUUUGGAUUGGAAUGCUAAGUGGAAUUCUUGUUCAAACUUUACUAUUGGCAAUCAUGACAGUCAUAUGUGAUUGGAAAAACAAUGCACAUGCAAUAGCCAUGCCAUCUUUUUAUUCAUUUAAAAAAAAAAAACUUUUAAUGCUAAAAGCUUCAUUUCUUUAUUUAUUUUGUUUAUUUUUAUUUUUUUUAAUUCUCAAAUAACUCUUUAAAAUCUCCUAAAAUUCCAAAUUUCUUUAUCUACUCAUUUAUCUAUACCUUUUUUUUUUAAAAAAAAUAUCAUUUUUGAAAUAAUCUUGUAAAAUCUGAUUUUAAAGUUAAUUUACAAAACUCUAAUUCUUAAAUUCAAUUUUCCAAAACUCCAAUUUUUUAAAUUUAAUUCUUUAAAAUUCGAUUCUCGAAACAAUUUUCUAAAAUUCUAAUUUUAAAUUUAAUUUCUCAGAAUUCAAAAUUUUAAAUUUAAUUUUCCAAAAAUUCCACAAUUCCGAAUUUAAUUUUUAAAAUGCCACCUUCAAAUAAAUUUUUGAAACUCCAAUUCCUUUCAAAUCAAAUUUUCAAAAAUUCAAUUCUCAAAUAAUUCUUCAAAAUUCCCUUUUCUUAAAUUUAAUUUUUGAGUUUUCAUUUUCAAAUAAUUUUUUGAAAUUCUGAUCCUCAAAUUUAGUUUUUUUUUAUAAAAAAAACUCCCAUUUUUAAAUAGUUCUUCAAAAUUCCAAUUUCCAAAUUCAAUUUCCAAAUUCCAAUUUUCACAUUUAUUUAUUUUAUCAUUAUUAUUUUUGUUAUUAUUAUUAUUAUUCUAUUUAUUUAUUUAUUUUAAAGUUCCAUCUUUAAAUAAUUUUUUCAAAAUUCCAAAUUCAAUUUCCAAUUUCCAAAAUUUCAAUUUUCACAUUUAUUUUAUUUAAUCAUUAUUAUUUUAGUUAUUAUUAUUAUUAUUCUAUUUAUUUUUUUAAAUUCCAUCUUUAAAUAAUUCUUCAAAAUUCCGAUUUCUAAAUUUAAUUUCCAAUUUCAAAAAUUCCAAUUUUCCCGUUUAUUUAUUUAAUCAUUAUUAUUUUCGUUAUUAUCAUUAUUCUAUUUAUUUUUAAAAAAUUCAAUCUUUAAAUAAUUUUCAAAAUUCUAAUUUCUUUCACAAUUUAAUUUUCAACAUUCUAAUUCUUAAAUUUAAUUUUCAAAAUUUCAAUUAUCAAAUAAUUUUCAAAAAUUCUAAUUAUCAAAUAAUUUUCAAAAUUCCAAUUUCUUUCAAAUUUAAUUUCCUAAAUAAUGGAAUUUAUGAUAUUAAUUCAUACAAAAUAAAUUGGGCUUUGGUGGGGACCCUAUAUAUGAGUUUUCUCUUUUGAUUGCCAAUUGUUAUACUUAAUGAAUAUUGCUCGAAUUUUGUCUUGCUCUUUGAUAUGCAUGUGAUAAUUUUAUACUUGAGCUAACCUCACUUCCAUGAUAAUGCAUUAUUACUUGUUGUUAAGGUACGUUCUCAAUCUUACUUCAUUUAUUUAUUCGUUAUCAUGUUCGAUUCAUUUUAUUAUUUGAUUAUUUCAUUGGUAUCCAUUCAUUUCCUCAUCAAUUGUCACAUCUGCCUCACCUUAUUUAAUAGAGACCUAUUUUUAGGGGCUUAAAGGGGUGCUUUCAGUCUUUUAUCGUACCUUCCCAAUAAGGAACCUGACCCCCGGAUCCGACUCGGUUUUUCAUAGACUUGUUUUUCCAUCAAGAGUCACACUUAGGGUUUUUUCUUUCUUAUUUUGUUUUUCCUUUAAAAAAUAAAACAAAAAUAAGUGACGACUCCAAAUUUUUUUCUAAAAAUCAAAUUUUCACCAAAUAAAUAAAAAAGUGAGUUGCGCCAUCGAGCGGGAACACAUCGUGCAAAAUGCGAGGUCCACAGUCUAUUUGGUAACUGUCUUUUUAAAACAAUUAUGAAAAAACAAUUUUUAAAAAAUAUUCUUUAAUAUUUUAUAGAAUAAAAGUAUGUUUAAUAACUUAAAAUGCUUUUAACUCAUUUUUAAUGGUUUGAAAAUAAUUUUUAUAUGUGGUGCUUUAUUUUUAAUCAUUUUUUAUGUUUAUAUAGUUAUUUUUAAAACAAGCAUAAAAAAAUAACUCAAAACAACUAAAAAAUAUUCUCUAAAAAGACCUUAUUUUAUAUUGUUAAGAACAUAAAAUAGAAAACAAAUUUCUAGUUUCCAAACACAUAUUUUUUUUUUAGAAUAGAAAAUUGUUCUUGAAAACAUUUACCCAAUAUAUCUUAAAUACUUAAUUAAAGGCUCUCUCAAUAUAAAUAAAUAAAUAAAUGAUUUUAUAAUAUUUUAUAUGAUUGUUAUAUAUUUUUGUUAGAAGCACCAAUAAAUUGCCUGCCUAAAAAUAAUUUUAAGUAAUUCUUUAAUAAGUUUUUCAAAAUUCUAUUAAACAAAAUAAUUUUCAUAAAGAAAAUGCAUUGAAACUUUGGUUAUUUUUGGUUUUCAGAAAAUAUUAAGGAAAGAAAAAAAUAUUAAGAAAAAAUAUUUUCUCAUGUUUGAUUAUCCUAUAAAAAAUAUUAAAUAAAAUCAAAUAUAAUUAAAACUAGUUUAAUACUUAUACAUUUUAAAAUUAUUUAAUCAUUAUAUUGAUGAGUUAAAAUAAAUAAAAUUAGUUCGAAGUAGUAAAUGAAAAUAAUUUAUUGAAUUUUAUUAUAUAUAUUUCACUUUUUCUUUCUUUUUACAUUUUUUUUAAUAUUUUUCUUCAAAUUUUCCGAGAACAAAACCUAACCUAACGAAUAUUUAAUGCUGUAAUUAUUGUGAGCCAUUUUAUUGUGUCUUGGACUUGAUUAUAUUGCCAUUAUAAGUCUGACCAUAAUGCCAAAAUAACUCAUGGAAAUGUCUAAACAAAAAAAUUGUAGAGGACAUCUCGCCAACACCACACUGAAGCUGCUAGAAUUCAAGACAAAAUGGACUAAAUAAUGGUAUAAAUCACAAUAAGAGAAAAACAAAGUCCAGCCACAAAAAUAUGCAUCGUCACGUGUUAUCCAAAAACCAGUAAUUCUGUGGCUCUCCUUCGUUUUUAAUACACAGCCCUAGGCUUCUCAUCAACCCCAAAUCAUCAACUUCUUCUUCAUGCCAUGUUCACCUCAUACUUUGAUCAGAGCUAGAAGCCAUGAAUGACACAGUAGACAAGCUUGUAAUCUUCCUAGCAAAGAGAGAUGGGAUUGACAAGCUUGUGAAGACCUUCCAAUAUGUUUCCAAGCUUGUCCACUGGCAUGUCGAAGCUGCCCAUCCCGACGCUGCCCACAAAGCCAAGCAAUGGGAGGUUGCAUCUGGGCUCAGUCGAAAAGCCUUCCGCAGCGGCCGCUUUCUCACUGGCUUCAACGCCCUGCGCCGGAACCCUGGUUCCACCCCAACUUUUAGGUUCCUGGCAGUGCUUGCUAAUGCUGGAGAAAUGGUCUACUUCUUCUUCGAUCACUUCCUUUGGUUGUCCAGAAUUGGGGUGCUGGACGCGAAGUUAGCUAGGAGGAUGAGCUUCAUAUCAGCGUUCGGUGAGUCUUUUGGAUACAUUUUCUUCAUAAUAUCUGAUUUCAUUAUGAUUAAGGGGGGAGUAGAGCAAGAGAGAAAGCUCAUCACUACUUCCACUGACAAGUCCACGGACGACGUGAAGGCGAGUGUUCGGAAGAUUAGAGAAGACAGAGUGAUGAGGCUGAUGGCGGUGGCCGCCAAUGUGGCGGACUUGAUCAUCGCGGUGGCGGACAUUGAGCCAAACCCCUUCUGCAACCAUGCGGUUUCACUUGGGAUUAGUGGUUUGGUCUCUGCAUGGGCUGGUUGGUAUAGAAAUUGGCCUUCUUGAAUAUGUUCAAUUCCAACAAGAACCAGAUGGGGAUGGUUUCAGUCAUGGAAAUUGAAAAUUUUUCAACGAAGUUGCUCAUGAGAAUCAGUAAGAAUAGACGAGUUUUGCGUUCAAUUAAAAUUAAGAUCUAUAUUGAGCUUGUAUAGUCUUUCUUAUCUACUUGAAAUUAAUGGAUUCCUUUACUUGUACAAA